AGCCGCGCACUUACUUCCUGCAACUGGUCUGGGUCGGCGCGCGAGGGCUGUUCUUUUUGGGCUCGGCUCGCUCCGCUGUUCGAACCAAAAACUUUUGAAGAGUCGUUCCGCAACAAGUCGCGGAUAUCCCGAAUGGAAACGGAUCGUCUCCUGACCCACAGCGAGGACCGGGACGGUCCAAGUUCGGCCCGCGGCUCCAGGCGGUCCCACUCAGUCAUCACGAGCUUGGACCCGGACUCAGAUAAUGAGAGUCUGUACAUCCAGCAGGCUGUGGUGUUCAUUGAAGAUGCUUUUCAUUACCGGUCCAUCAACCACCGGGUGGAUGCCAGGUCUCUGGUCCUGUAUCGGUGGUACUACUCCACGAUAUGUCAGUGGUGCCUAGGUGCUGUCAUAGCUGUGGUAUUGCUGCUGGCGUUUGUGGAGCGUCCAUCUUCCCUGUCCAUCUCUUCGGACCCGCGCCACAGAUCUGUAGCCUGGGAACCUCCGUGUGGUUUCACUGAAAGCAUCGAGAUGAUCUGCCUCAUUGUCUUCUCUAUUGAUCUUGCUGUGAAGAGCUACCUGAUUGGCUGGGAGGAGUUCAGGAAGAGCAAAUGGCUCAUCAGCUACACCGUAGUCCUCUUCGUGUCAGUCAUCGACUGGGUGCUGUCUGUCAGCAUGGCGUGUGAUGAGAGAUUGAGAAUCCGACGGCUCUUCCGACCGUUCUUCCUCCUGCAAAACUCUUCUCUGAUGAAAAAGACUCUAAAAUGUAUCAAGAGGACUCUACCUGAGAUUGCCAGUGUGAUUGUGCUGCUGGCGCUGCACCUCUGCCUCUUCACCAUGAUUGGCAUGCUGCUGUUUACGAAGAGUGAUGAUGUGAAGCAAAACGGGGAGUGGGAGUUACACUUCAGAGGCCUGCUUCAGUCCCUGACCUCCAUGCUGGUGCUGCUCACCACAGCUAACAACCCCGAUGUGAUGAUCCCUGCCUAUUCCCUUAACCGAGGCUACUCCAUUUUCUUCAUCACCUUCAGCGUCAUCGGAACCUACUGUCUGAUGAACCUGCUGACUGCCAUCAUCUACAACCAGUUCAGAGGAUAUUUACUGCACAGAGAGCCGCAUCAGAUGGAUGGAAGAGCCGCAGGUUGUGACAUGUUUUCUCCAGGACCAGAGGACGCAAACUCGAUACAUCUCUUUUAUUGUGAGAUGUCAGUUCAGACGUCCAUCAUCAGGAGAAGACUGGGGAUCCGAGCAGCUUUCCAGGUCCUCAGCUGUCAGAGGGACCCUGCAGCUUUUGAGGAAGCUGUGAGUGUUGAUGCUGUCUUGGAAGUGAUGUCUAAAGUCAAGAUAAAGAGCUACUAUAGAAAUGCCAUCAACAUGUUUGAUGUGUUUGGUUCUGGUGCUCCAACAUGGCAGCUGUUUCAGCGGCAUGCAGGCGUCGGCCAUGUUGAUCUACAGCAGUUCAAAACAACUUUUGAUGAACUAGAUAAAGAACUCAUCAAGGAGCACCCUCCGUUGCCUCAGUACUCGUCUCCAGGUCUUCGGAGGCUGCAGGUGAUCUUCAGUCACCGCUAUCUCACUCUACUCGGAAAUGUCCUGGCCCUGGCUAACGUCACUUCCAUAUGUAUUAUUCUGGUGUUGAAUUCUGAGAAAUCAACUACAGAGAGAGACAACUAUCAGGUGGAGGUCAGCAACUUGUGCUUCAUCCUCUACUACCUGUUUGAGAUGGUUGUGAAGAUCUUUGCGUUUGGCUGGAGGGGUUAUCUGUCCUACAAGAGCAACAUGUUUGAUGGUUUACUCACGCUUCUGUUACUGGUCCUUCAGGUCUCCAUCUUCAUCACCUCAGGACUUCCUGAUUCCUACUGGGACCCUGCCACCCGUGGUGUGAUGUCUCUUUGGGAGAUGGUUCGUUUAGUCAACUUGCUAAUUGUGUUCCGCUUUCUGCGCAUCAUCCCAAACAUUAAGAUCAUGGCUCUGGUUGCUAGCACCCUAUUAGACCUGGUGAAGAACCUGCGGGCGUUUGCCGGUGUGCUGGUGGUUGUUUAUUAUGUGUUUGCUGUGUUUGGGAUCUGGCUAUUCGAGGGCGCAAUCAAGCCUCCUCCUGAGAUGAGCGUUCCCUCCAACACCUCCAUGAAGAACAUCACAUCUAACUACAGCAUGGAGUGUGGAACGUAUGAGCAGCUGGGCUACUGGCCCAACAACUUUGAUGACUUUGCUGCUGCCAUUAUUUUGCUCUAUGAUGUGAUGAUCGUAAACAACUGGCAGGCCUUCCUAGAGGCCUACAGCAGAUACACCACAGAAUGGUCCAAACUCUAUUUCCUGUGCUGGUGGCUGACCUCCUCUGUGAUGUGGGUUAACCUGUUUGUGGCUCUCAUCCUAGAGAACUUCAUCUAUAAAUGGGAUCGUAGUCACAGCUGCUCUGUCACCGAUGUGGAGAAGAUCAGAUACGAAACCUCUGUUCAGUUCAUGUUCAAAGAGCAGAUCCAAGAGCCAACAGAAGAGGAAUUACUUUGUCAGCUCCACCAACACCCUCAUCUACAUCUUCAGUAGUAACCCAGAACCACCCAACAGCAGUGGGAGCAUCCUGCCAUUGGUGUUUUUGUUCAAAUCUGUAACAUUUUUAUUUCAGCUUUUAUUAUUGAGCCUUGUGCACAGGGUCCACUGAUGUUUUUACUGUGGGUCUACAGCAGGGGUGUCAAACUCAAACUCACACGGGGCCGAAAUGAAACUCUGGGACGGAGUCGAGGGCCAAACUUCAUAUUUUUUGAAAAAGUGACGGCACAUUUGCACAUUUUCUUUAUCAACAUAUAUGCAAUUUUGAACCUUUAAAUUUGGAAACAAACUUAUUUCUGCAUUAACACUGAAUGUGGAAUAACCAAAUUACACACGAGCAAGUCAGCUUAAAAAAAACGCAUCAGUGGUAUUCAUUACUUGUGGUAUAAUCAGCAUUUUUAAAAUCUAUUCAGGAUUUAUGUUUUCUUGUUGUUUAUUCAUUUUUCUUAUUUUUUAUUCUCCUUUUUUUCUCCUGUAAUAAGUGUCAUCGCUGCUGUGACGUCUAGCUUUCCCCACUGAGGAACAAUAAAGGGAUUUUCUAUUCUAUUCA